GGUGCUGGACAGACACACAGACCCAGGGCUGCUCGGCGGCGAGCCCUGGGGCAGCGAGUGCCCGUGGGAAGCCAUGCCGUGCCAGGGGGGCACCCUGGGGGCGCUGGGCACUGUGCUGCUGGCCCUGGCAGCGCUGCUGGCCGUGGGGCAGGACUAUGCCUCCCCCAGCUGGUGGCCGGAGCAGCCCCAGAGCGGGCGUGGCUAUGGCAAGGCGCCGCAGUGCGUGGACAUCCCGCCCGACCUGCCGCUCUGCCACGACGUGGGCUACCAGCGCAUGCGGCUGCCCAACCUGCUGGAGCACGACUCCCUGGCCGAGGUGAAGCAGCAGGCGGGCGCCUGGGUGCCCCUGCUCGCCAAGCGGUGCCACGGCGACACCCAGCUCUUCCUGUGCUCGCUCUUCGCGCCCGUCUGCCUGGAGCAGCCCGUCUACCCCUGCCGCUCGCUCUGCCAGGUGGUGCGGGCCUCCUGCGCCCCCCUCAUGGAGGCCUUCGGCUUCCCCUGGCCCGACAUGCUGCGCUGCGCCCGCUUCCCCCCCGACCACCAGCUCUGCAUCGCCGUGCAGUUCGGGAGCAGCCAGGCCACCCCGCCGCCAGCCUCCAGGAUCUGCCCGCAGUGCGAGACGGAGCAGAAGGCAGAGGGCAUGAUGGAGCAGAUGUGUGCUAGUGACUUCGUGCUGAAGACGCGGCUCCGGGAGCUGCAGGCGGAGGGUGGCGAGCGCCGCCUGGCGGCCGCCCCGAAGAAGAAACUGCUGAAGCGGGGUCCCCUGCAGCGCCCCGACACCCGGCGCCUGGUGCUGCACAUGCGGAACGCGGCCGCCUGCCCCUGCCCGCAGCUGGCCGACCUGCGCCGCCCCUUCCUGGUGCUGGGCCGCAAGGCGGGCGGGCAGCUGCUGCUGGGGGCUCUGUACCGCUGGGAGCGGGGCAACCGGGAGAUGCGCUUCGCCCUCAAGUUCAUGUUCUCCUAUCCCUGCCCCCCGCGCUACGCCCCGCUCCCCGGGGCCGAGCAGCCCUAGGGCCCCCCGCCUGGCACCCCCAUUACCCCCCGCUAGGCACCCCUGGGACUUUUCCCACCCCACCUGCUGGGCACCCCUGGGACUCCCCCUGCCUGCUGGACACCCCCGUGGACCUCCCCCCGCCUGCCGGGCACCCCCAUAACCUCCCUGCCAGGCACCUCUGGGACUCCCCCCUGCCUGCUGGACACCCCUGUGGACCUCCCUUUGCCUACUGGGCACCCCCAUAACCUCCCCACACUAGGCACCCCUGGGACUCCUCCCCCCCCCGCCUGCCGGACACCCCCCCUGAACCUCUCCUCGCCUACUGGGCACCCCCAGGAACCCUUCCUGUGUGGGGCACCCCCCUACCUGGUGGCAACCCCACAACCAUCUGCCGGGCACUCCCAUCCACCUGCCAGGGACCCCCCCAGGAACCCCUCUGCUGAGCACCCCUGGGACCCCCAGAACUCCCACCUCCCUGCUGGACACCCCUCCCCCCCCAGCUCCCUGCCCCCUGCUCUGUGGGGCCAAGCAGCACUGAGGGGCACUACGUGUUUGCACUGGGCCCAGCGGGUGGCAAACCCCAGGCAGGCGGCCCCCGUCCCAGCGCAUUCUCCAGCCUGCGAGUUACAGUGUGUCAGGCAGGUUAAGCCGGGUGCCAGGUCCCUCCUGCUCCGUGGGGUGGCCAGGGGGAUCGCUAGGGAGGAGUGGGGAAUCCAGGCUCCCGGCCUGUGAAGAUGCUGCCCAUGGGAGCCAGCUGAGGCCACUCAAUCAGGGUGAACUGCAAACAGACCGGGGCAGACAAACCCCAGACGCUGGUGGAUCUUCCAAUACUGAGAUUUACCAACCGGCACAGAACAGCUUCUGUAGCACCUCACUGGUUACUCAGAAGUCCAAACAACGCAGUUCUCAGCCCUCCAUCCACACACACGAUAUGAUGAUGGUCACUGAAAAUCUUCUCUCAUCAUAUAAAAGAAAAGGUUCUUCCAAUCCCAAAGGAUCAGCCACACACCCAGGUCCAAUUAUAACUUAGAUCUUACCCAAAAUACACGCUACAGCCA